AAACCGGAAGUAGCCGUUUGGCCGAAUUCGGUGUGGCCACGUCGUAAAAAGGCGGGCCCCACCCACCGGCCAGCUCUCACCCCCUCUCGACGCUCCGCUCUUUGGCUGAGCAAAGAAAGCACCGGCGGGAGCGAGGAACGCGAGGCCCGGCGUCCAGGCCUCUCAGUCACCAGUGGCGAAGGGGAGAUGUCGGACCUCGGGGAGUGGUUCCGGAACAUCCCGUUUAUUACCCGCUACUGGUUUGCAGCUGCCAUCGCGGUGUCCCUCGUCGGCAAGCUAGGCCUGAUCAGCCCCUUUUACCUCCUCCUGUGGCCCGACGCCUUCAUCAACCGCUUCCAGAUCUGGAGGCCAAUAACUGCCACAUUUUAUUUCCCUGUCGGCCCAGGGACAGGCUUUCUAUUUCUGUUGAAUCUCUAUUUUUUGUAUCACUAUUCAUCACGUCUGGAAACAGGUGCUUUCGAAGGAAGGCCUGCCGACUACAUGUUCAUGCUGCUGUUUAACUGGAUUUGCAUAGUUAUUUCUGGCUUAUUAAUGAAUAUGCAAUUCCUGAUGAUCCCCCUGAUCAUGUCCGUACUUUAUGUUUGGGCCCAGCUGAACAGAGACAUGAUUGUGUCAUUUUGGUUUGGGACUCGGUUUAAGGCAUGCUAUCUGCCAUGGGUUAUCCUGGGUUUCAACUAUAUAAUUGGAGGCGGCGUCGUCAAUGAACUGAUCGGCAACUUGGUUGGUCAUCUGUACUUUUUCUUAAUGUUUAAAUAUCCAAUGGAUUUGGGAGGAAGAAAUUUUCUGUCAACACCUCAGUUUCUGUACAAAUGGCUGCCCAACACAAGAGGAGGGGUAUCUGGAUUUGGGAUUCCUCCAGCCAGUGUGCGAAGACCCGCAGAUAAUCGCCAGGGAGACACAAGACACAACUGGGGCCAGGGCUUCCGGCUGGGUGAUCAAUGAAACAAAAAAACAAAAAACUUUUUUUUUCUUUUUUCUGUGAGAAACAUUUGACAACACAUGGGAAUGUUUCUUGCUGUGGAGGGUAUCCGAGGACCAGGUUUGCUCUAGUGUUGUUGGCUCUGCCCCGUUACGAAUUCUUGUUUGUUCCUGGUGGAAGACAACAUGACUGAAGAGACAAGAUAAGAUUUAAUUCCAGGCCAUUAACUUCUUUAAUUCACUGCUGCCAUUAAAAAAAAAAAUGAUACUUUUUUUUAAGGGCGUCCAACAAAGCAUACUUUCUAGAACCGCUCUCUCAAGGGAAUUCACGUUCGUCAGUUUGGUCUUGUAGGCCUCGGUUCAUGAAAGAGCCCUGCAAAAUCCUUUCUGAAUCCAAUUUGGGUUCAAAAAAAAUCAUCGGAGACUUUUCUCCCUCCAGUUUGAAUUAAAUUAAAAUGUUCAGGUCCACAGUAAUGCUAAGAAAAAACACUUCAGGUAUCUACAGUUGCAUUUCUCUUUUAUUUAGUUGGAAGCAACUUUUUUUUUAUCCCCUUUUGAGUAACAAGUACUUAUUUACCCAAAUCAGAUUCAAUUGGUAAUGAAUUCUACCUGGAGCCAUUAAACAAAGGAAGAAAAGUUUGGCUGAAUAAUGCUAGUUUUUAAUUUGCAACCUUACUGCAGCCUCUGUACUCCCAGCAUAGCAAAUGCGGUGGCAUUUUAAAUGCCCAGUUCUGUCUGCACUGACUUUGGAAUGAGUUCUAUUGAUCCUGAUUUUGUUGGGGUUUAAUCCUAUGCAUAUUUAAUUGGAAAUGAGAAAAAAAAUAUAUAUGAUCUGUUGCCUCGAAUGUAUAAUGGUGGCUUUGGUGUGUGUAUCCUGGCAUGAAGGACUGGGGAAUGCUUCUCUCACAGGUGAGCGUGAGAGAGACAGACUGAAUGCAGAAAGAUCUGUUGAAUGCUUAAUGUAGAAAAUACCUCUUUGUAUAAAUGAUAAAAGCAACAGGAAUCGGAUAGCUGAGCUUAAUAAAACAGAUAACUAAC